AUGGGUUUCUCUGUUGCUGCUUCCUUCGGCAGUCAGCUGGGGAUUUGUUUCUCAGCGGGCUCUCAGUUGCUGUGUUGGUUCUGGGCUUAUGUUCAUUCCUCAUGGUUUUUCAUCAUCUCGCAGUUGCUGUCUCUUGGUUUUCCAGCUUUCCCCCAGCUGAAUUUUCUGGAUCUUCAGCUGGAUUCUCAGCUGGCUUUUGCUGGGUUUAGGAAAAGCAUGGUGAGAGUUGUGGUGAAUGUUGGAAUAUUUGGGUCGCCGGAGUUGGACUCCAGAGAGAAAGGGAGGAGACAAAUCGGCGUAAGAGAUUUUGGGGAUGAGCUGGGCAUGAGAGAUUUUGGAGAUUUUGGGGAUGAGCAGGGAAAGAUUUUGGGGGAUGAGUUUGGAAGGCAGAGGAUGAAAUUGAGAAGGAUUCUGAGAGAGAUUUUAGGGAAGAUAUGGGGGAAUAAGAGGAGACAGGGGCGUCAGUCAAGCAAAAAGCCCUUAUAA